AUGACGUCGUCGAUCCUGGCGCUGCUCGGCCUAAUCCUGGCGACCGCCAGCGCCGAGCUCAGCUCGAGGAUCGUCAGGACAAAGUACGGCGAACUGUCGGGCGCGAUCGUGACCCUCGACCGGCAUUUGGAGGGCGUCGAGGUGUUCCGUGGAGUUCCGUACGCGUCGCCGCCGAUCGGCUCGCUGCGUUUUAUGCCACCUGUCAGCGGCGCGAUCUGGCACGGCGUCAAGGUGGCGGACAAGUUUGGGCCCGUCUGCCCGCAAAGGUUGCCCGAGCUCACCGACAAGAUGCCCAAGGGAAGAGUCGAUUACCUGAGGAGGCUGCUACCCUAUCUGAGGAACCAGAGCGAGGACUGCCUUUAUCUGAACAUUUACGCGCCGGUUCAAGUUUUGUAUACGUGCGACGAAGAUCUAUUGAUCAAUGAUUCUCUCAUGGUAGCUUUAGGAGAAUUGUGGUACGGUGGUUGCGGUACUGAACAAUGGAGUACCUUGAGAACCUCUGGUAUGGAUUCAGAUUGGUCUUACUGUAGAGAAGGCAAAAUGUAA